UUUCUUGGCUUUGAAUGAUAAGACUAUUUGGCAUCGUGGGACAGCUGAAGGGGAUCCAGUCCUUCCAGAGCUACCUUCCUCUGAGCCAGAGACAGAUACAGACAUAGCAGGAUGCUACCUGACUCUGAAUGGCUGUCUCGCCAAUUGGGACUUGCUGUACUGUGGCCUGGAGUUUCCUCAGUUCUGCUCCUGGUCUUUCUGGCAAUAAGCACUUGGGUGCUGUCUCGGGUCAUUACCUCUGUCCAUCGAUACUAUAUCAACUGCCAGCGUCUUCGAUGCUUCCCCCAGCCUCCUCUUCAGAACUGGUUCUUAGGCCACCUGAGGCUGAUUGAUUCAAAUGAGGAAGGCCUGAUUCGUACUGUCCAGUUAGUGAAUACUUUCAGGGAAAUUUUUCUAAUGUGGAUGGGACCUUUCCACCCAUUGGUUAUACUCUGCCACCCUGACUAUAUCCGACCUCUUACUUCAGCCUCAGCCAAUAUUGCACCCAAAGACAAGAUUUUCUAUGGAUUUUUGGAGCCUUGGCUGGGGGAUGGACUGCUGCUGAGUAAAGGAGACAAAUGGAGCCAUCAUAGGCGCCUCCUGACACCAGCUUUUCAUUUUGACAUCCUCAAAUCCUAUGUAAAGAUCUUCAACCAAUCGACAAACAUAAUGCAUGAGAAGUGGAAGCAUUUGUGUGCUGGAAGCAGCACCCACCUGGACAUGUUUGAGCACAUCAGCCUCAUGACCUUGGACAGCCUUCAGAAAUGCAUCUUUAGCUAUGACAGUGGUUGCCAAAAGAAGUCAAAUCCCUACAUCUCAGCCAUUCUGGAGUUGAGUUCCCUCGUGGCAUGUCGCAGCAAGCAGCUACUCUUUUUCUGGGAUAGCUUGUACUACCUCACAAGCCAGGGGAGGCGCUUUUCCCGGGCCUGUCACCUGGUGCAUGAUUUCUCAGAUGCUGUCAUCCAGGCCCGGCGCCGUAUCCUUGACAAACAUGGUUGUGAUAGCUAUUUCAGUAGCAAAGACAAAGGCAAGACCAUGGAUUUCAUAGAUGUUCUGCUACUGGCCAAGGAUGAGAACGGAAACACUCUGUCAGACAAGGACAUACAAGCAGAAGCUGACACUUUUAUGUUUGAAGGGCAUGACACAACUGCAAGUGGCAUCUCUUGGGCCCUCUAUAACCUGGCCCAGCAUCAAGAACACCAAGACCGUUGCCGACAAGAGAUACAAGAGCUCCUGAGGGGCCGCCAUCCAGAAGAGAUUGAAUGGGAUGACCUGUCCCAGAUGCCCUUCUUAUCUAUGUGUAUCAAGGAAAGUCUGCGCCUGCACCCGCCAGUUGUAACAGUCACCCGCUUCUGCACUAAGGACAUUCAGCUGCCUGAUGGUCGCAUCAUCCCAAAAGGGAACCGCUGUCUUAUCAAUAUCUUUGGAACCCACCACAACCCAAGUGUGUGGACUAACCCUGAGGUUUAUGAUCCAUAUCGAUUUGACUCCAACAAGAGCCAGAAGAUGUCACCACUGGCAUUUAUACCCUUCUCAGCUGGACCCAGGAACUGCAUUGGUCAGAAUUUUGCCAUGUCAGAGAUGAAGAUUGUUCUGGCUCUGACCCUGUUACAGUUCCGGGUCUUCUCAGAUGGAUUCCUACCACAAAGGAAGCCAGAACUGAUCCUCAGGGCAGAGGGUGGACUGUGGCUGAGAGUGGAGCCUAUUCUGAAUUCUUCCAGCCCUGGACUACACAGGCUGGAAACCCCCCAGGAAUGAUGAAUAGGCAUUUUCUCCUGUCUUGGAAAUAGAACCCUGGUGAUUGUCUACUCUUCAAACAAGAACCAUAUUGAUUGUAGUUCUCUUUAAUAAAAAUAUACAUUGACUUUCCCUUUGUAUCUUUGUCCUUAG